AUGGACGCGUUUUCUUCUUCUCAUGGCUCGGAUUCAUGGUUGCGUUCCUAUCGUGGUAUGCAUUCCCGCCGCUGUUUCGUCAUGCCUGCCAUCUAUGACUCCCUCGUCGCAUCUCAAGGCCUCACUUCGCACAAAGCAUGGCGUGUGGCCUACGUCGUCCCCUUCAUCAUCAUCACCGCCGUGGCACUGGGCAUGCUCUUCUUGUGCGAAGACACCCCGACGGGGAAAUGCGGCUCAAACAGCCCUUCCGCUCCAUCCUCAGUCUACAACGUUGUAGCCGUUGACGUUGAAAAGAAAGGCACACAGACUCCUCCAGUCAUCGACAGAGACGCCUCCACAAUGGGACACAUGGAAAUUUUCAAGACAGAGACAGUCGUCGCACCCACACGCAAUGAAGUGAUUCAGGUCGCAUUCAGCCUCUCAACCAUGGCAGUAGCAAUUCCAUAUGCAUGCUCAUUUGGUUCCGAGCUCGCCAUCAAGUCUAUCCUGGGUACAUACUACGCCGCCCAAUUUCCAACAAUGGGCCAGACAAAGUCCGGUCAGUGGGCUGCCAUGUUCGGUCUACUGAACAUCAUCUGUCGGCCAGCGGGAGGAUUCAUUGCGGACAUUCUUUAUCACUCCACGGGCACUGUCUGGUCCAAGAAGCUCCUCAUGACAUUCCUGGGUCUAGUGAUGUGUGCGUUUCAGCUGGCGAUCGGAUUGUCUGAUCCAAGAGACGAGUCUACUAUGUUUGGUCUGAUCGUCGGACUGGCUUUCUUUUCGGAGGCGUGCAACGGAGCGAACUUUGCCGUUGUCCCUCAUGUACAUCCGUAUGCCAACGGUAUUGUGUCGGGUCUCGUAGGUGGGUUUGGUAAUCUUGGAGGGAUCAUUUUUGCCAUUAUUUUCAGAUAUAAUGGGUCGCGUUAUGGACGGUCGAUGUGGAUCAUUGGUGUCAUUUCCAUGGCAGCGAAUUUAGCAGUCGGGUGGAUUCGCCCUGUUCCGAAGAGCCCGGGAGUUCAAUCAUGA